AUUGAGUUGACUGAAAAUGCAACUCCUAAAUUCCACAAAGCCCGCCCUGUUCCAUAUGCACUGAGGCCAAAAGUAGAGGCAGAACUGCAGAGCUUAGUCGCCUCUGGUGUCCUGUCAAAAAUUGAAUGGAGUGACUGGGCAACACCUAUAGUACCAGUGAUGAAGAAAGGAGGAGAGAAGUUUUCAAAGAUCGAUCUAGCCCAAGCCUACCUACAGAUGGAAGUUGAAGAAUCCAGCAGGGAAUUCCUCACAAUCAACACUCAUAAAGGACUGUUUCAAUAUAACAGGCUCGUGUUCGGUGUUGCCUCUGCUCCAGCAAUCUGGCAAAGAGCCAUGGAUCAGGUGCUCCAUGAUAUUCCAGGAACACAGUGCUAUCUUGACGACAUCAUAGUGACUGGCAAGAAUGACGACGACCAUCUACAAAAUCUCAGCAGGGUGCUUACUAAACUAUGUGAGUAUGGUCUGCGUGCAAAGAAAAGUAAGUGUGAGUUUUUCAAGAAUGAAAUUUCAUACUGUGGACACGUCAUUGACAAAAAUGGGUUGCACAAAUCAAAAGAGAAAACUGAGGCUAUACUUCAGGCACCAAAACCAGAAAAUGUGUCUCAGCUGAGAUCAUAUUUGGGUCUGGUCAACUACUAUCAUAAGUUUCUACCAAACUUGGCGACAACGCUCCACCCACUCAACGUGCUACUGCAAGUGGGAACAAAAUGGGAGUGGUCUGAAGAGUGUAAUAGAGCAUUCAAAGAGACAAAAAGACUGAUUACGUCAGAUGAACUAUUAACCCACUAUGACCCAACACGACCCAUUAGAUUGGCCUGUGAUGCUAGUCCUUAUGGGAUUGGUUGUGUUCUGUCACACCUGAUGAAGGACGGAUCUGAACGCCCCGUUGCUUUUGCCUCCAGAUCACUGUCAAGUGCAGAACGCAAUUAUGCACAGAUUGACCGUGAAGCCCUCAGUCUAGUGUGGGGUAUUAAAAAGUUCCACCAUUACCUUUAUGGCCAAAGGUUCACUCUUGUAACUGACCAUCAACCACUUGUUUCAAUUUUUAAUCCUCGAAAAGGGAUUCCAGUGAUGUCAGCCACCCGUUUACAACGGUGGGCACUCUUCCUUGGAGCUCACUCAUAUGACAUUGAAUUCAGAGGGACGAAGCAACAUUGUAACGCUGACGGUUUGUCACGCCUGCCCCUGUUAACAACUGAAGGAGAAAUGGCUCCUCAUUCAGAUCCAGCGGAGGUGUUUCACUCAGUAGUGGUACAACAGUUACCAGUGACAAAUUCAGAAAUACAGAGACACACCAAGAAUGAUCCCACACUGUCAAAAGUGUAUGAAAUAACCAUGCGAGGAUGGCCAGCACAUGGUGAAACCCUAUUCCCUGAGUUCUCUGCGAGACGAGACCAACUCUCAAUCUGCCAAGGCACCCUAAUGUGCGGUUCCCGGGUCGUGGUCCCUCCAAAACUCCGAACCAGAGUGUUAGAAACUCUCCACGAAGGACAUCUUGGUACUGUCAAGAUGAAGAGCCUCGCCCGGAGCUAUGUCUGGUGGCCAGGUAUAGAUAAACAACUUGAAGACAUCACCAAAGGAUGUUCAGGUUGUAACAAAGUCCAAAAUGCACCACCUCUGGCACCGCUUCACCCAUGGGAAUGGCCAUCAACACCAUGGCAACGAGUUCAUGUCGACUUUGCAGGACCAUUUAUGAAUUCCAUGUUCCUGAUUGCUGUUGACUCUCAUUCCAAGUGGCCUGAGGUGGUACUGAUGAAGUCGACCACAGCAGAAAAGACUGUAAGUGUCCUGAGGUCAAUAUUUGCUAAAAAUGGUCUGCCUGAACAAAUUAAACUCUAUACAUUCUACCACAAACCAAGCACCAGCAAUGCUGUUCAUGGGCAGAACUCUCAGGUCCCGUAUUGA